AAUAUUUGUAUAUCAACGUAUAUUUUGUAUAUUCGAUAGAUCUUAUCUCAACCAUGUUGAAAUCUAUUUAAGUGUACUUAGUAUUUCUUUAUUUUUAUUUCCUUGGAUGCAUGUUGUGAUAUUUGGAAUUUUAUCUUUGACUUAUUUGUAUAAUACGGGAUGGUUUGAUAAUGUAUUUUGAAAUAUUUGUGUGUUAUUACACAUAAACUAUUAUUUGUAAUGUACGUACUUGAUGAUCAUGAUAAUUGUUGUUUACAGUUUUUAUCGAUAGACUGAUAGUCAAGAGCGGAUUUUAUAAACAAGCAACAUGGAUUGUUGUGGGCCAAAUUCAAUACGUAUUAAAAGGCCAACAGGACGAGUAGUGAAAACUGGUUACCUGACGUUUUAUGAAGAAGGAUGUUUUUUCAACGGAUGGAAGUCACAAUAUUUUGUGUUAUAUGACGACAGUAGUCUCUUAUGGUAUCAGGACCGCGACCAUUGCAUGUAUUACCACCACAAAGGUGGUAUUAAACUGAAGAUGGUAGCUAAUUUCAUGGCAGUUGGACCAAUGUGUCUUCAUACAGCUGGGUUUCCUCAACUUCCGAAAGGAAGUCAGGUUAUACAUUUAAUGGGUGUUCCAGACAUCUUCAAAAAGGGAACCAAAAAAGAAUAUAUUAAAAUGAACUGGAUUCUAUUUACUGCAGGUGAUGAGGACAUGAUCUGCCACCACCUCCUGCAAGACCUGAGCGUCCUCAUCAUUCGAUCAAUAGUCAUCAGGCUGGACCAUCUCCACCUACAAAUGUUGUGCAAUACCAACCACAAGGUAAAUUACCUGGGAAUAGGGAGAAACGGAGCAACACAGACUUUAGUACCGGUAAAUGAAUGUCUUACUAAUCAACCGAUACUAUGUAUUAUAUGUAAAUUUGAGCACGUCUAACAUAAAAUCUUACAUAAUUUUUA